AUGCCAAAGAAAGGAUGUAUUGACAAGAGUAUAAAUGACAAAGGUUUACUGGUGAUAAAAAGUGUUUGGGAAAUGCAAGAAGAUCGCGUCAUGAAAAUGAUUUCGUCGUUUGCGUCUGAGGAUGAUGAUGAAACAUUUACUUUGUUUGGAUCAAAUAUUGCACCAGCAGAAUCUACGGCUUUGUUCAAAUUUCUAAGCCACAUCAAGAACUUGAAAAAGCUUCAAAUGAUUGAUUGUACUGUGACGAACAUUACUAUCCGUGAAUUGGCUGAGUUUUUGAAGAAAGAUAACCAUGGCCUGGAGAAUGACAACUGUGAACUUAUUGUACUACAUGUAAGUGACAAUAGAGGUUUAACAACUGAAGGUGUUAAAUAUUUAAGUUAUGCUUUGAAGAAUGACAACUGUAAACUUACUAAACUAGAUGUAAGAAACAAUGUUUUAACAACUGAAGAUGUUAAAUAUUUAAGUUAUGCUUUGAAGAAUGACAACUGUAAACUUACUGAACUAGAUGUAAGUGGCAAUGAUUUAACAACUGAACAUGUUAAAUAUUUAAGUGAUGCUUUGAAGAAUGACAACUGUAAACUUACUGAACUAUAUGUAAGGGGCAAUGAUAUAAAAACUGAAGGUGUUAAAUAUUUAAGUGAUGCUUUGAAGAAUGACAACUGUAAACUUACUAAACUAGAUGUAAGUUACAAUCAUUUAAGAACUGAAGGUGUUAAAUAUUUAAGUGAUGCUUUGAAGAAUGACAACUGUAAACUCACUGAACUAUAUGUAAGUGACAAUGAUAUAAAAACUGAAGGUGCUAAAUAUUUAAGUGAUGCUUUGAAGAGUGACAACUGUAAACUUACUAAACUAGAUGUAAGUGGCAAUGAUUUAAGAACUGAAGGUGUUAAAUAUUUAAGUGAUGCAUUGCAGAAUGACAACUGUAAACUUACUGAACUAUAUGUAAGUUAUAAUAAUUUGAAAACUGAAGGUGUUAAAUAUUUAAGUCAUGCUUUGAAGAAUGACAACUGUAAACUUACUAAACUAGAUGUAAGAAACAAAGAUUUAACAACUGAAGAUAUUGAAUAUUUAAGUGAUGCUAAGAGUGGCAACUGCAAACUGAUUUACUAA